AUUUGUCUGCUUUAUGGAAAUCGACCCAAAACACUUCCCACAAUCCAUUGCGUUCCCAGGUCUGCGAAUGCGCAGUGUGCGAUUUUUCGGGAGACCAUUUUCUUGGUGCGAGCAAACGGGCUAAAAAAUCGCUUCUUGGUGGAAAACAGAAGGUUGUUAGUCGAUGAAUUUGUGUUGAUGCGUUUAUUUAGACUAUUAUUUGCCUAUUUCUGGAAUUUUGGUGCCUUACGUUGCUGAUUAAGUGAGCUAGGAGGCGUUGAAAAGCGUCCAAGGAACAAUCCUUGUUUUUAAAUUUUGCAUAAAUUAUGCAGAAAAUAUUUAAAAUUCUGUUCGACAGAGGGCGCUCAAGGUUUAUAAAUAAAACGUCACACGUGCGUUGACUUCUCAGAUUGCAGGUUGCCUGCAUGCAGUUGUGUUACUGUUGGAUUUUCCAACAGAAGAUUUGUGAGAGCCGGUUUAUGAAAUUCAUGUGAGAAACUUAUUUUGUGAAUGUUGUAAACUAUACUUGGACAGAAUGAGUGUUGGUGUCAAACAGCCAACACAGUUUCAGAGGACUGAAUUUAAGUUGAGCACUACCACUGUAAAAUGCCCGAUGAUGCCGAGGCCCAUCGGUAUGACAGAUGCGCCAGGUUCGGUCUCCGAUGGCGAGGGGAUGUCAAGUCUUGCCCCACCCGCUAUGAGGACGCGAUCAAAGUCUGUAUCGACACGUCCGACCAGCUCGAACAAGGAGGCCGAGUUAGACGAUCCAAGACGACAACAACAGGCAUUUCGGCGGAGAAGAUUUUUGUCUCAUUCUCAUCUGCACCAGCGAUAUGAUCGUGGCGGACAUGCCAGUCAGCAGAUUCGUAGGCGUCGCCAUAGUACCAAAAACGAGAAAGAAAAAAUUGUGCUUCCAACUAAAUUUUUGCUUGGCGGAAAUAUCAAUGAUCCGCUGAACUUGAAUGGGUUGCCUUCUGAUAAUACUGAGCAGGCGACACCGGUUUCAUCGCCUCUUGCAACUCCAGCUCACCGGCGCUUACCAGUUAAUGUGAUAAUUCCGCUAAAUAUUACUGAUCCGCUUAAUCUUAACUGUGAUGAUGAAGAGCUAGCAAAACUUCUGAAGAAGAAAAAGCGCAUCAAGCAUCAUAAGAAGAAGGACUCAUCCAAUUCUCUUCUGAGUGAGACCUCAAUUCAGGAGACACCAAAUCCUGAUGUCACAAAACCACUGUCUAUUGAAAUCGACCAAGAUACAGAAAAGAAUGUGGAACCGCCAAAACAAGAGAGCAGCAAAGCGACCUCCCCUCCGAUAUUACAAGAUAAAAUUGUUUCACCUGUGAUCCCUCAGAUUUCACCCAAGCGCCGGAGAAAACGGUUGAGUAGUGAACGUGGUGAAUGUAAGCCGGACUCGAGUUCAAGCGCAGCUAGGAAUAUAUUCCGUGAAGAUUCGGAUCCUAAGGGUGACAGUAUAUCACCAAGCGGGAGCAAAUAUCGUCGGCAGCAUAGUGGUCAGUCACAGGAUGGACAGCGCUCCCAUCAAAACCAACAACCGCCAAAUAAAAAACCACGUAAUUCAAACGCUGGUGGGAAAUUCAUCUAUGGUAAUUACAACCGCUACUACGGUUACAGGAACCCAGAACUUGAGGACAAUCGUUUGAAAUGCUUCAAGAAGGACUGGUUCACAGGCAAAGAUGUGCUAGAUAUUGGUUGCAACGUGGGCCACAUCACCUUGGCAAUCGCUCGAUACUUCGAACCAAAUAAAAUCACAGGAAUUGACAUUGACGGGAAACUAAUUGGGGCAGCUCGAAAAAACAUCAAGUAUUACUUGCCGGGUCAGGAUGGAGGUGACAUGGCCAUAAAGUUUCCUUCUUCCAUGAAGACCUGUUUUGGACCGAUAUCAAAGAAAGCUGUCAGUGAACCGUUGCCCUCGAAAUUCCCCAAGAAUGUGCUUUUUCGACAGGCCAACUAUGUGCUCGAGACUGAUUCAUUACUAGACCUGCAGAAGCAAGAAUACGAUGUCGUCCUGGCCCUGAGUGUCACAAAAUGGGUCCACUUCAACUGGGGAGAUGACGGCCUGAAGAGAUUUUUCCGCCGUAUUGCCAAGCAGCUUCGUCCCGGUGGGAUACUGAUCCUGGAGCCACAACCAUGGGUUUCCUACAAAAAGAAGAAAAAAUUAACUGACACCAUCUUCAGCAAUUUCCAGUCAAUCAAGUUUAGACCAGAGCACUUCCGUGACUACUUGUUGUCCAGUGCCUGUGGAUUCUGCACAUGCCAGUUCAUUGAUGUACCAUUCAACAAAAACCAAGGGUUUAGACGGCCAAUCCAGAUCUACAUAAAACCACGGCCCUACGAUGGCGCGCUGCCAAUUGAAGGUCGUUACUCUCCAAUGACCCCAGCAACGCCAAUGACACCACAUUUCGAUAGGGACCCAUUUGAAGGGCGUGACAUGGAUAAUCAUGUAUAUCCACCAAUGUCACCAAUGUAUCCACCGAUGUCACCAAUGCAGAUGCCGAUGAAUAUGCCACCAAUGGGGUCCCGUCUUCAGUACAGACGCUUCAGCAUGCCAUGUCCGGUUCUGCCAAGGAAUUCGUGGUCGUUACCAGCCAUGCUGAGUUCUCUAGCCGAGCAGGAAGCACCAGAUGAAAUCGAAGAUUCCUACACAGGUCACCAGAUGGGAGCACCGUGCACGAUAAGCAGAAAUCCUAAUCAGUGCGAACAAACGGAGUGCCCAGCAGCAGCAGCAGCAGCAGCAUCCGCCUCUCAUGCACCAAACUCUGAUAGUACAUACUUAAAAUCAAGGAUUAGCACUGGGGACAAUGUUGAUUCAGCAAAUACUACCAAAACUGAGGAAUCUGCAGAAUCCAUUGAAAAAGCCAUAACCAUGGAAACAGAUUCUUCCUCAAGUUCCAAAUCUGAAAUUGUCAAAUCGGUAGCUGGUGACUGUUGUCAGAAAAGUGAAAGAGAUGAUAAAAAAAGUGAAAGUGUUGACAUUGAUGUAAAAAGUCGUGAGGGCAAAUAGUUGGUAUGAAUUGACAUUGUUCUCCACUGGCAGUUUUAUGAAUGUGGGGAAACCUUAAUGACGUGCAUUGGUAAUUUUCUUGUAAUCAGAUUUUGUGCUCAAUUAUGAUUGAGGUCAUUAUGAUGCAUGUAACGACGUAAAAGAGUGUACAUCCUUCCUAUGUGCUCUUGCCACCGCAGGCCAUUUGAGUUACUUGCCACAUGUCAUUCUUCUUAUUUCAUAAUGCAACACGACUUCACGUGAUGUAAAACAAACGUUUGUUGGUUAACUGUAAGCUAACCUCCUGAAAAUCCUUAAAGGCUAAAACCAGUCUAGGUAUUAAAACACCUUUCCUGCCUGUCCUGUACGGCAAGGUUUGCUUUCAAAUGAUGUCGUACAGCCCUUUACCACCUAAGUCACCAAAUAUAUUGUGUGAUUUCGAUUCAUCAUGUUCAUUUAAUAAACACUUGCACCGAGA